AUGCAGGGGAGUCUCAAAAUUCACAUACAAAUGCAGCAACUCACGGGCCAGAAGCAGCUUGGAAAUUAAGAGGAAUCUCGUCCUGUGUAUUUGUGAAUUAUGAGACCAUUUUAGCUCCAUAGAGUGGCGUCAAAAGUUUGAAAGGAACUAGUUUGAUUCUCUCAGAGGUUCCGUUCGGACUGACCAGGAUGAACCCCAACGGAACUUCCGGGAAGCUAAUAUGUCGACCAUGACGUCAGAGGUGAAGGUCAGCACAGCGAACCGAACCGAUCCGAACCGGUAGGUUUCACCAGAACCAGUGAGACCAGCCACCGAACCAAGUGGUACAGAACCGACUCCAGGUUGCUCCAUUCAGAACCCAGUGAGACCCAUCCUGACCAGAACCAUCAGAACCGAGGAGAACCCGGCUACAGGGGCAGAUUCUGAUGGAGCCGGCCCGGCCCGGCCCGCUGUACCUGAGGAGCACGUCGGCGGUUUCCCUGAACGAGCGCUUCUCUCAGCUUCUGACGACCCGGCUGACCCGACCCGGCAGGCCCAGUUCCAGGAACCUCAGGAUGAGAACGGCACUGGUUCAGGCUCCGCCCAUCUGCCGGAGGAGGCGGCUGCGUGUGAGGGGCAGCGUGUGGACCCGACUUGGGGGUCCGCUGCUGACCCGCGGGCCGACCCGACGGCACUGGUCCUGGAGGCGGCCCGGGUUCUGGAGCUUCAGGAGAAAGUACACCUGGAGAGGCAGGUGCAGCGCCCCCUACAGGAGACGGCGGAACCUGCUGAGUCGGCUGGGACAGCGCUGCCUGGUGGUGAAAUCGGACCUCCAGAACCAGACUGAAGGAGGGCGGGGCCCCACGCUGUGGAGGGGCGGGGCCACGGCCUCAAAGGGGCGGGGCUUUGUCCCAAAGCAGAAGCUGGAUGCUGAGCUGGAUGAGUACAUGUCUCUGUCCAGAAGCAGGUUGGACCGGCAGCUGGACGACUACAUGUCCAUGUCCCGCAAACGCCUGGACCAGGAGAUGGACGAGUACAUGCUGAUGGCGGGCCAGUGUCUGGAGGACUGAGGGGCGGGGCCUGGGGUUUUUUGUUAUUUACUAUAAGCAGCAGAGGUCUGGCUGCUGAUUGGUUCCUGAGCUUCAGGUCUGUCUCUGGAGGCUUUGGUUUGUUCUCUGAUUGGUUGUUGUAUUUUUGUCUACUUCACUGACCUCUCUCUGCGUUGGCGAUCUGAGUUCCUGAAGCUGCACUUUUGUUCUCUAAGUUAUGUGAAUAAACGAAGUUUCCUCUAGAGAAGAUGGUGGCUCCUCUGAGUGGGCGGGGCUAGCGCUCUGCUCCGCCUCCUGACUUGUGAUUGAUUCAUGAGUAGCUCAGUCUGCAUCAGGAACUGUUAAGUUUUUAAUAUCUUAUAAAUGCAGUGCAUGUKGAACAUGCAGCUCACAUCAACAUGUUGUAAUAAACAUAAAACAUGUCCAGGUCACAUGAUCCCCAAACAUCAGACGCCUGCCUGCCUUUGCUACACAUUCUUCUGCUUCAGCCUCCUGACUGAUCAGAUGGCGUCAUAACUCUGGGUCUAGCUGCAGUUCCCGCAGCCGCCCAGAAGGUGGAGGUGUUGGUCUGUUUUCUACAGGCCCCGCCCCCUGGAUGCUGAGCCCCGCCCACCGGGCUGUCACGUGAGCGGUCCAGGGUUGCAGGUUUGUGAAUUUCUUGCCAUCUUUACAGCAUUCCUGUUAAAACAAGUUUCAUAUUUUGGGGUAAUUAUCACAAAAGAUCCCAAAUAAAGAUGGAAGCUGAACUUUGACCCUACAAAAUGAAACCACUGACUUCAAGUAGAUUCAUCUUUACGAGGAAGAAUAAAGAAUAUCCAGGUUAGCUUGUGCUGCUCUAGCGUUAAAUGUCUGUAAAAGAUUCAAUAAAAUGCUCUACACUUUUGUUAGGAAAAUAAAACUCAUCACAGUCUCUGUGCUCUAAACCCCG